GGCUUAGCCACGUCGAGCCCGGCCCCAAGCUGGUCACGCCGUAUCCUCGAAGCAUCGGCAUCGCGCUCCGCUCACACCGUCGUCCUUCGGCCGCGCCCGCGCCGUCGAACCCGCUCUCCAGAGUCCAGGCACCGACCGAAGCACGACAGCCACCUCCGAGAGGAAUAUCUGCUCCCGCUGGUGGUCGUAGUCGUCGUCCUUCCACACCACCAGCCUCCGCGGGACAGGUAUUGGGUUAGCGUGGAGUGGGGAUCCAUCCGGGCAUGCGAAUUGUGGUCGAUUUCAUCUGUCGGUUACAAUAUUAUCUCAAAGACUACAUUAGGAUGGAGCAAAAUGAUUCCAUGGCUGACUCGCCAAGGAGGCGACAUAACCUUCUGCGCGACAAGGUCCAGCUGGUGAAAAGGAAGGACACAAACCGCUAUGAAAUCGUCCGCUUUUCUGAUCCAUUGUCUUUUGAGAAAGGCUUCUUUGUUGUGAUCCGUGCCUGCCAGCUUCUGGUGCAGCACAAUGAAGGGAUAGUAUUUGUUGGUGUUGCCGGCCCCUCUGGUGCUGGGAAGACUGUGUUUACUGAGAAGGUGGUCAAUUUCAUGCCCGAUGUUGCUGUGAUAUCAAUGGACAACUACAAUGAUGCAACUCGCAUAGUUGAUGGCAAUUUUGAUGAUCCACGUCUAACUGACUAUGAUACACUGUUGGAAAAUAUUCAUGGUCUGAAGGAAGGAAGGUCAGUUCAGGUUCCAAUCUAUGAUUUCAAGUUGAGCUGCCGAACUGGAUACAGAACAGUUGAUGCCCCUAGCUCCCGGAUUGUUAUCAUUGAAGGUAUCUAUGCACUGAGUGAGAAGUUACGGUCUGUGCUGGACUUGCGUGUUUCUGUCACUGGUGGUGUUCAUUUUGACCUGGUGAAGAGGGUUUUAAGGGACAUACAGCGAGCUGGCCAGGAGCCUGAAGAAAUAAUUCAUCAGAUCUCAGAAACGGUUUAUCCAAUGUACAAGGCUUUCAUUGAGCCGGAUUUGGAGACUGCACAUAUAAAAAUCAUCAACAAGUUCAACCCAUUCUCAGGGUUCCAAAAUCCUAUGUACAUUCUAAAGUCACCAAGGUCUCUAACACCUGAUAAAAUCAAGGCUGUGCUUGGUGAUGAUCAUACAGAAAGCAAUGAAGAAACUUAUGAUAUAUAUCUACUUCCACCUGGUGAAGAUCCAGAAGCAUGCCAAUCUUAUUUGAGAAUGCGGAAUAGGGAAGGGAAAUAUAAUCUCAUGUUUGAGGAAUGGGUGACCGACAAUCCUUUUAUCAUAUCCCCAAGGAUUACUUUUGAAGUCAGUGUACGUCUUCUUGGUGGUUUGAUGGCAUUGGGUUAUACUAUAGCAGCUAUACUGAAGAGAAGAAGUCGUGUUUUUUCCAAUGGCAAGGCAACUGUUAAAAUUGACUGGCUUGAGCAGCUUAACCGGCAGUAUAUACAAGUGCAAGGAAGAGAUCGGCUUUAUGUCAAAUUUGUUGCGGAGCAGUUAGGCUUGGAUGGUUCUUAUAUACCACGCACAUAUAUUGAACAAAUUCAGCUGGAGAAAUUGAUGAAUGAUGUUAUGGCAUUACCAGAAGAUUUGAAGACAAAGCUCAGCAUUGAUGAUGAACUGGUCUCAAGUCCAAAGGAAGCCUUGUCCCGUGUCUCUGCUGAUAGGAGAAACAAACUUAUGAAGAGUGGUCUAUCUCAUUCGUAUUCAACGCAUGGAGACAAAAAUAUUGUGAAAUUGAGUAAAUUGACAGAAACCAACAGAAGGUUUGGUGGAGGGCGAGCCCCUGAAGCUCCUGCCAUCAACGAGGGUGCAAUAACCCAGCUCUCAGAACAGAUAUCAACGUUGAAUGAAAGGAUGGACGAGUUUACCUCUCGUGUUGAGGAACUCAAUUCAAAAUUUACAGUGAAGAAACAUUCACCCAGUCAGCAGAAUUUAGCUCUUCCAAAUGAUGCUUGUAAUGGUUCUGCGCCUACAAAUCUCUUUGUUUCUCAGUUAGGCAACGGUACUCUGAUACCUCACUCGUCAUCGUCAAACCAACUUUCAAAAGAGUCACCAAUAAUGGAAGAGAUUAUGAUCGUAUCAAGAGGUCAGCGCCAAGUUAUACAUCAGCUUGAGAAUCUGACCAUCCUGCUUCAUGAGCAUUUGGUCUUGACGCGGCAAGCAAAUGCCGCCAGCAGGAACCGAGUGCUGGAUGUCGACACGGUCAUCUGUCCACUUAUUUUCCUGACUGUUGGCAGCAUUGGAUAUUUCAUGUACAAGAGUCUCAGCCGGGACUGACCAAAGAGAAUCAGCCGAAGCAUGCUGCUCUGGGGCUCGCCAUCGAGUUUGGCCAAGAACCCUAGGAAGAAGCCAACUGUCUCAACUGAUCUGCAGUACCCUAGAGUCCAGACUCCAUACUGAUCUCUCUCCUGCAAGCUAAAGAACGACGAUUCUCAAAUCAUUUACACCAGGACCGUAUCUAACAGAUUACAAAGUUUAGUCGGAUAAACUCAUCUAUCAGCACAAGCAACAAAGUCUGCUUAUUGAGGAAAUUAGUCCCAAGCUCGAAAAAAGGUGUGCCAGAGGCAUACAUUUAUCUGUAACGGAUGCUGGAAGCCCCCAGUACCAAUAAAUUUUGGAGAUGAUAGUAAUCCUCACAUAAUGUCGUCGAAAUUAUGAGAAAACAUAGAUGAAUUUUACUAAAAAAAUGUUUCUGUCUGCCUUA